GGGCCUUCCACCUGCUGGUGGACGAGGCCACCGGGCGGGUGGACUGCGUGCCGGCAUGCCCGGACGGCUUCACCCGGAGCGGCAGGCGUUGCCUGCGCCAGGGGGUCCCCCUGCCGGUGGGCCUGGCCCAACACCCGCAACCCAUCACCGGCAUGGAGGACCGACCCCCCUCGUACCUGGCCCCCACCCACCUGUCCAUGCAGGGGGGCACAUUGUCCUUGGGCGUGCCGCUGGCCGGCGGGUCGCAGGGCCACCCGCCGCCGGGGCACUUGCUGGUCUUUGCCCGGGACUCCCACGAGCCGGGGCUGCUGCCGGCCGAGGACCCCCUCGGCCAGCCAAUGGAGCCGGUUGCCUGGCCCGGGGCCAGCCUGGCCCGGGCCACGGCCUACCUGGAGCUCGGGCCGCUGCUGGAUGCCCAGGGGGCCGGGCACUUCACGGCCUUCUUCCUGCAGGAUGGCAGCCUCCUGGCCAGGCACUAUGAAUGCGCCAGUGGCCCGGCCGACCCGCUGGCCACCACGUGCGCGGCCAGCAUCUCGGCCGCCACGCAGGUGGCCUCCCCGGCCGGCGGGGCCCUGGUCCGGGUGGACGCCCGCACGGUGGGCCUCCUCCACCAGCAGGCCGGGCUCCUGGUCCGGGUGCUGGAGGACCGCACCCUGCGCCAGGUGAGCCUGGCCCUGGAGCAGCUGCCGGCCGGCUUCGGGCCCUGGGGCCAGGUUGCCCUGGCGACGCCGGCCGGCCUGCGGGCCAGCACCCUGGGGCUGCUGCUGGCCGGGGACCCGCGCGCGGCGCCACCCGCCUCGGACCCCCUGCUGGCGGACGCCGGCCUCGGCCAUGCUUGGGCGCCGGUGGCCGUGCCGGCCGGCCCGGGCCGCCGGGCCGAGCCCUUCCUCGCGGCCCUCGGCCGGGACAUUGCCACCGGCCGGGCCACCUGGCAGGUGCUGCACCUGCCUGACGGCCCCGGGCCCAAUGGCCGGGCCGCCGCCCUGGAUGCCACGGCCAUCACCCUGCACACGCUGGCCGCCGGCGACACGCCGGCCGCCGAGCCGGGCUUCCUGGUGGCCGCCCUGCCGGCGGCCGAAUUCCCCGGGCUCCUGGGCCUGGCCCUGGGCCGGCAGCUGCACCUGGCGGUGCUGCGCUGCCGGGCCAUCCUGCACAUGGCCUGCCAGCUGCACUACCUGGCGGCCGUGGAGCUGCCCGGGCCGGCGGCCGGGGCCGGCGGGCUGGUGGCCCUCCCCCGUGCCGGGGGCCUGGCCGCGCGCCUGGACCCCGCCGGCCCCGGGCCCCGGCAAACCGUGGCCCUGCUGCUGGCGGUCGAUGCCGCGCCCGGGCUCCACCGGCUGGAGAUCACCCUGCCCGCCUGCCCGGCCGGCGAGUACCUCCUGCAGGAGGGCCCGGGGCUGGCCGAGUGCCGGCCCUGCCAGGCGGCCAUGGCCGACUGCCUGGAGUGCACGUCGGCCACCGAGUGCACCCGGUGCCGGCUGCCGGUGCCCGGGGUGACCGGCGUCUGCGCGGACACCUGCCCCCCGGGGCUGGUCCUGGACCCGGGCCCGGGCGCGGCCACCGCCGGCGAGUGCCGCUGCCACGCGGACUGCGCCCGGUGCGAGCGCCUCCCCUCCACCGGGGCCUAUGUGUGCGUCGAGUGCCGGGCCGGGUGGGCCCUGGAGCCGGGGGCCCACCCCGUCCGGUGCGCCCCCUGCCACGGGUCCUGUGCCGAGUGCUCGCGCCCCGGCGAUGCCAUGGCCUGCACGGCCUGCCCGCCGGACGCGGUCCUCUUCCCGCCGCAGGGCACCUGCCAGGCGGCCUGCCCCAGCCCGGGGCACUAUCUGCCGGCCGGGGGCCGGGUGUGCGGGGCCUGCCCGGGCGGCUGCGAUGCCUGCUCCGCCGCGGACACCUGCGACCGGUGUGCCGCCGGGCGCUACCGCGAUGGGGCCGGGGCCUGCCGCCCCUGCGCCGGGGCCUGCGCCACCUGCACCGAGGAGGGCAGCUGCUCCGCCUGCCGGCCGGGGCUGGUCUUCCUGGACCCGGACCCGGGCGUGCCGUCGCUCUGCGGCAGCACCUGCCCGCCGGGGGAGUUUCCCGGGCCCGAGCGGUGCGCCCGGUGCGACCGCUCGUGCGACCUGUGCGCCGGCGGGGCCGCCCACUGUCUGGUGUGCGCCGAGGGCUUCCGGUGGGGCGCGGCCGCCCCGGGCCCCGGCAAGACGGGCGCCUGCGUGCCCUGCCCGGCCGGCUGCGCCUCGUGCACCGACGCCGACCGGUGCCUUGCCUGCGCCGGCGGGCUGCUCCUGACCGAGGCCGGUGCAUGUGUCAGUACCUGCCCGGCGGGGACAUUCUCCAACGGCGAGUCGUGCCAGCCGUGCGACAUCAGCUGCGCCGCCUGCGCCGACGGCCAGCCGGACCG